ACUCCUUCUUCCUCGGGGACAUUUUCUGGGUGAAUCUGGCAUGGCUGGAACACACUUGGACCGUCUGCUCUGUUCUGUGACGCUGCCCAGCAACCAAAGGUCACCGGGAUUGUCACCAUGUCUAGGCGCUCGUAUUUUUAGCCAUGUUAGGGCGAGUCACGACCUUCACUUGAUAUCUGCAGCAGGGCCACACGGGGCGUCACACUGCUUGGACACUCUGUGCCGGGCUGACGUGUGUGCUGUGCGGGCAGUGACAUCGCCAGGAGGAGAGGGGCGGAAUCUGACCUCUGUUUGCUCCUGUGCGGGCCCCGGGCCAGGCCCGCCGUAGCUGCAGUUGCCCUGACUCGGGACCUCAGCGAUGCUGGUACGUGAUCCAGGUGCAGGCCGCCUUCCACGGCUGGUUAUGCAAUCCUGAGAAGGCUGUGCAAUCUCGGCCUCAGUAGCCACGCCUGUGGAGUGGUGCAUGUAGGGCAUACUCGGCCUGAUUGCUGGGGCAGCAGUGAAAGUACAGGGUGGUGGUGGUGUGGUUCUCUCUAGGCUGCUGGGUGGCAACUGCCUUCUCCCUGAGCCAGAAAAGUGAGCAUCACUGAAUGGAACAGAGUGGGAUGGGCUGGGUGUGGCUAGUUCAACUGAAUCCUCACAGCAGCCCCUGAAGGGUAGGCUGCACAGGUCCCCGCACGAAGAAACUGAGGCACCACAGGGAGGUGACUGCGCUGCUCGGGAUUCUAUUAGUAUAAGGAGGAGGCGGAAUGUAAGGCCAGGCGGCCUAACUGGAGUCAUGUGUCUGAAUGUUUGCCUCUCGAGUUGUAGCCUGAUCUCAGCGGGACGAGUCGAGGCUUCAGCCAUCCGGAGCGCGUGUCCACUGACUGAAUAUCUGACCUUUGCCAGAAAAGGGUGUCUUCCUGAAGUGACACUUAGGGUCCAGUCUCCGGGGUCCAGCAGUCACUGCACUGUGCACAGCCUCACACUCAGUGGCAAAAUACAGCCCUGAGCUGGGUUAGCAAGGGAGACACAGCCCCUGCCCUCAGGGAGCUUACAGUCUAAUGAGUAAAGGGCGGGGAUUGCAGUUCAGGUAUGCAGAGCAGCUUCAGUAAGAGAAGCUGGCCAGGUGUAAGAAGGGGGACAUGGGCUCAGUCCUUAAAGCUCUGCAGGUGGUGUUGGGGGGGGUUGCAUUUUAAAUAACGCAUUGGGGGCACCGCUCAUCCAGUGCCUAGGCUGUCCUACGUCGGUGGUUAUCUUGUGAAAAUGGUCGCUUUGCCCGUCUUGGAGGUGGCCCCGUUGACUCAGGAACCUACCCCUAAGGGGCCUCCUGAAACGAACGAGCGGCCGGAGGAGCGCUCGCCGCGGUGGUUCAGCACGCGGCCGCCAGAUGGCAGCACAGGCUCGCUCUUUGGGUGGCGCCUUCCUGUGACGUCUGUCCUUUCCAGUUUUUGUGCACUUUACUGGUCAAGGUUUCUUUGGGCCCGAGGUUGGUCAGCUCCGCGGCUUCCCAGUCCAGUUGGUGUUGGUCAGUCUGGGUUGGUGUUCUCAGCGUGUCCCAUGGGAAACGGCACGAGCAGACUCUAUAGUGCUCUCACCAAGACACUGAACAGCAGCGCCGCCUCCCAGUAUUUGGAGUCGCCUGACCCGGAACACCUGGAGCCCAUCGACCCCAAAGAGCUCCUUGAGGAAUGCAGGGCCGUUCUGCACACGCGUCCCCCCCGGUUCCAGAGGGACUUUGUGGAUCUGAGGACAGACGGCCCCAGCAGCCACCCGCUGAUUAGGGUCAUGCAGUGGAACAUCCUCGCCCAAGCUCUCGGAGAAGGCAAAGACAACUUUGCACAGUGCCCUCUGGAAGCACUCAAGUGGGAAGAACGGAAAUGUCUCAUCCUAGAGGAAAUCCUAGCCUACCAGCCCGACAUAUUGUGCCUCCAAGAGGUGGACCACUAUUUUGACACCUUCCAGCCACUCCUCAGCAGACUGGGCUAUCAGGGCACGUUCUUCCCCAAGCCCUGGUCCCCUUGCCUGGAUGUGGAACAUAACAACGGGCCAGAUGGCUGCGCCCUGUUUUUCCUCCAGAACCGAUUCAAGCUACUCCACAGUGCCAACAUCAGGCUGACGGCCAUGAGGUUGAAAACCAACCAGGUGGCCAUUGCACAGACGCUGGAGUGCACGGAGUCCGGCCGGCAGCUCUGCAUCGCCGUCACCCACCUGAAAGCACGCACCGGCUGGGAGCAGCUUCGGUCGGCUCAGGGCUGUGACCUCCUCCGGAACCUGCAGAACAUCACCCAAGGAGCCAAGAUCCCCCUUAUCGUCUGUGGGGACUUCAACGCCGAGCCGACAGAGGAGGUCUACAAACACUUCGCUUCCUCCAGCCUGAACCUGAGCAGCGCCUACAAGCUGCUCAGUGCGGACGGGCAGUCGGAACCCCCGUACACCACCUGGAAGAUCCGGACCUCCGGGGAGUGCCGGCACACCCUGGACUACAUCUGGUACUCCAAGCACGCUCUGAGCGUGCGGUCAGCGCUGGACUUGCUCACCGAGGAACAGAUUGGACCCAACCGGCUACCGUCCUUCCACUACCCCUCAGACCACCUGUCUCUAGUGUGUGACUUCAGCUUCAAUGAGGACCCUGACGCCCUUUUAUAAACGCUUAUCUGUGUGUUUUUACUCACAAGAGUCUUAACCUCAGUGGCCCGAGGAAGGACUCCUGGUUCCUCUCGCUUCACCUUCCGUGUUUCCAGCAUGCCCUUGGGAAGGAAUCCCACUGGUUCACAAACCUUUCCCAUUAAAACCUACAGCAAAAAGGUGUCUGCACUCCAGUUUUGGGUUGUAUGGGUCUUCUUUCCCUUAGCGUUACGUUUAGAUCAGUUAAGGGCAUCAAGUUAGGCUUGUUCUGAAGCUUUCAGUUUGAUGAUGCUGUAUACAAAAGUACUUCCUUGAGUCCUCCGUAAUUAACAAGUACGCAGGAGCGAUUUCUCUAGACAGUGUUUCAAAUAAUUUAUUUGAGGUUUUAAAUGUCAACAAGAUAUGCAUGGCAAUAUUUAUUUUUUUAUACCUUUGUGUAAAAUUAAUAAAUUGUAGGUAGCAUUACACAUUUCAAAACCAUGCAAAACAUGUUAUAAUUUAUAGUAAUUUUCUUAAGGCUUUAAGAUGUUUUCACCUGGGGUCUAACAAAACAGUGUACAAAGGAACCAGGUAGCCUGGCGGCCCCGGGGUUUUGCUUGUUUAAGUGGCAAUAUCAGCUCUUCUUGGUAAGUCCUUCAUCGCCAUUCUUGCUGUGCCUCCAUGUCCCCAUGGCCGUGUUUCCUGAGGAGAUCCCACGACCAGUCUUCGUUAUCUAAUCACUGUUGUGCAUUUCCCAUUUCCCAUCGGAAUGCUAUCAGCAUACAUUUGAGGUCACUCAGUGUCAUUGUUCCUAUCAGGAUGAGCUUUUUACAGUAGGCCACUCAGGAGCUGCAUAAAUGUGCAGUGCCUGAGAAAGUCAGUGGGACCUUCUUUUCAGAGAUGGGAAACUAGGAAAACCUCUUCACGAGGCCAUCAUUGACAUUUCCUAAGAUAACCAGGGAAUGUGUUCAGAGCAUCUAGAAAUAAUGUAAAAAGAUAACCUGAAAUUUUUUCAUUGGGGAAAAAAGAUGGUACUGCCCCUUCGAAACAAAAUACCCAAAAAUAACCUAUUGGUAAUAAAGUGAUAAAUAUUUUAACCCAUGAGUUGUAUAUAUUUAAGAUUAAUAAAUGGUCUUUUAAAA